AUGGCGGACGUGGGCUCCGUGCAGGUGCCCGAGCUCGAGGCCGUGGACCUCGACAGCGAGUCGGACACGUGCUCCACCGCCUCGAGCUUCAGCGUGCGGCAGGCCGACAAGGCGACCCCCAAGCGCCUCGACAGCCCCGCGGCGCACGAACACGCGGAGGCGGCGCAGCACCUCACGUCUGACUUGAAGACGUUCAUCAACACGUGCAUCGCAUUCCUGGGCUCGGGAGUUUUGGGGCUGCCCUACGCUUUCCGCAGGUGCGGCGUCUUGGUGGGGUUCGUGACGCUGGUGGGUGUGGCGGCCGUGAGUACGUACGCCAUGAUGCUCGUGGUGCAGUGCAAGUACAAGCUCAAGCAGCAGGGCAAGAACGUGACCAAGUACGGCGAGAUCGGCUUCUUCGCCAUGGGCCAGUUUGGCUCCACACUCGUCAACUCAGCUCUGGUUAUCUCCCAAACGGGGUUUUGCAUCGCCUACUUGAUCUUCAUAUCGACCAACGCGCACAAGUUCCUGGACGUGUCGAAGCAGUUGGUGGUGUCGGUGUGCGUGCCCCCGCUGAUUGGGUUUUCGCUGCUGAAGCACAUGAAGGAGCUGGCCUACGUGGCGCUGCUGGCAGAUUUCAUGUGCAUCCUUGGACUGCUGGUGGUACUGAACAUUGAUCUGGGCUACAUGGAGCAAGACCACGACAAUAUUGAGGCCAUUGGGGUUGUAUCUGCAGUGCCGUUCUUCUUUGGCGUAGCGAGUUACUGUUUUGAAGGCGUGGGGAUGGUGCUGCCGCUGGAAAACUCGAUGCAGAACAAGAGGAACUUUACGCCGAUUCUGGUCUGCACCGUCGUGAUCAUCACGGCACUGUACGCCACGUUUGGUAUCUGUGGUUACCUCGCGUUUGGGGAUGACACGGACGCCGUCAUCACGCUGAAUUUUGAGGGAAGUGGUGGCUUGGUGACGCUCGUCAAGAUCUUCCUGUGCUUAGGCCUCUUCUUCACGUACCCGGUGAUGCUGUUCCCGGUCUUCGAAGUGCUGCAGCCGAUGGUGGCGUGUGGCAAUAAGUUGGAGGACUCGAGGAUCACCGAGAGAAAGGGCGUUCUUCUGCGAGCCGGAGUCGUAUUGUUUACUGCUGUCAUUGCCGCUGCUAUUCCAGAUUUCGGACGGUUUAUCUCGUUCAUCGGCUCCACUUGCUGCUCCCUGCUGGCCUUCAUCAUGCCGGCGUAUUUCCACCUGCGUCUCUUUCGUGAUGAACCCGCAACGUUGGGUAGGCGAUUGAACCAGUCGUUCCUGUGCGGGAUGAUGGCCCUGGGCGUCGUCAUGCUCGGUGCCGGCGUUGUCGAAGCCAUCGACAGUGUACUCUAA